AGAAAAAGAACUUGAACUAUGUUAACCAUAAAAAACUGUCAGCUGAAGUACUUUUCGUAUAAAUAGAUAAGCUUAAUUUGGACGAUGACAUCAUUAGCUAUUUCUUUAUAUUUUUCUCGAAUAAAUAUAUUGUUGGUCUACCUGUGUUAUGAUGCGACAAUCCACCACCCUCCCCAUCCAUAAGACAAAAUAUCUAAUUAGCAUAAGUGUAUCAACAACUUGGAAACGAGGAUGUGAUAUCAGAAGUUCGGAAACGAAGAUGACCUGAUGUUGAAUUCUUCGCGCAAAAUACAACAAUAUUUGAUCAAAAUGACGAGGGAUAUUACUUAGGAAUGAAAAGAACUUCACUAUAAGUAAUCGCGCCGUGAAUCUCCGUUACGAUAAUCAUGGAAUCAAGUGAAGGAAACGAGAUGAAGAUGCGGAGAAUUCAUUCAGAAAAAGAACCUAGCCAGCAAGAAACAGCUGAAGAUAACUUAAACAAAGAGCGGGCUUCAAUUUCAGAGGAUACAGUUUCUCUUUCAAAGUCUAGAGUAUUCUUUCUCAAUAUCUCAUGGUUUGGUCUGAAUGUUAUGUACUUGAUACUGUCUGUGGAAGUUGUGCCAUCACAAGUUCAUGCUCUUGUUGGGUCUGAGAGCAAAGGGCAAGUCUUGGGAGCCAUGGUUGCCGCUGGGGCUGUGGUGACAUUUUUCAUUAGUCCAUUAAUUGGAAUGAAAAGUGAUCGCCUCAUUUCUCCAUAUGGUAAGAGAAGACCACUAAUGGUAGCAGGCACGAUACUCUUAUGUAUUGGCUUGUUUGGAAUGGCAUUCAGUGCUCCUGACAUACGGAGUGAACACUCCAAUGCAACAUGUUCCCUAGACCUUCGUCUUAAGAGGUGUCUACCAUACUACAACAUCUCUGAGCUAACUCAACAAAGCCAUCUAACCAAUCAAUCUGAUGAUAUGGAAACAAGUUUUCUAUUAACACUUCUGAUGCAAAAGGGAGAUUCUAGAGGCAACAUUGGUUUAUACAUUGCAUUUUACUUGUGUGUGAUGGCUUGCUAUGCUAUGAUGAGUGUACCCUACAAUGGACUAAUUGCAGACCAGACUCCUCCUUCACAAAGAGGUUUUAGUUCAGGAGUAAUGGGUGCAAUGACCUUAGUAGGUAAUGUCACUGGGGCAGCUAUUGGACUAUUCUUCCCGAGACUUGGAGUAGUUGGUACAUAUGCUUUGAUAGCUAUACUCUACUUUAUAUGCGUAGUAUUAACAGUGUCGACAUGUCCUGAGAAACCAGGGAAAGCUAUAAUACAUCCACCAGUAGAUCUAAAAGUAGUGUUUCUAGCAUAUUGGGAACCCCUGAAAGAGCCGGACUUUAGAUGGGUGUUCCUUACUCGCUUCCUAAUGCAACAAGGAGUUGCCACUGUUACUGGGUUUCUAGAGUUUUGGUUAGGUGAUAUGGUACAACUACCAAACUGUUGGUCACCUGAGAGAGGUGUAGCUAUGUUACUUCUACCAUUGCUAUUUGCAGCUGCUAUUUUCUCUGUUGUUGGAGGCUUUUUGUCUGACAGGCUGGGAAGACGAAAACCUUUAGUAACUGGAUCAUCUGUCUUGAUGAGUAUUUGUGCUGUAAUCCUGGCUUUUCUUCAUGGAAAAUAUGCCUUUUAUGCUGCAGUACCAGUAGCUACGACAUUUGGUAUAGGAUUUGGUGCAUACUGUGCUGUAGAUUUUGCUCUGGUUAUGGAUGUUCUACCAGAUGACAAAGACAAAGCCAAGGACCUUGCUAUAUGGCAUCAGGCUCUUGUUCUGCCACAAGCAAUUGCUACACCAAUAGGAGGGAUAAUCAUAGAUGUGUUUGAGAGAUGGAGAUGUGACAUUGGCCUUGGAUAUAUCAUUCUAUUUCUUGUCACCUCAGUUUACUUUGCUCUGAGUGGAGUUUUUGUUUUGAAAAUCAAAAAAGCCAAGUAGAUCUAGUUACACUUCAUUUUGCAAAUUAUCUAGGAACAUAAUCAUUCACAAAUAAAGGUCCAAACCUUUGAAAAUAAGCCCUAGAAUUGCAUGCUCAAUGUACCUUUGGUGUAAAAAAAAUUUGCUGGGGCAAUUUUCAUAUGGCAUUUUGUGUCUCAAAAUACAAUAUAGUGGGACCUAGUAUAGUGUUGCAAUUGUCUGUGGAAUAAAGGAUAUUUUAGUGUUCUUACACAAGUAAAAAAAAUAAAUCUGGCA